AUGUUAUUCCUUGAAGAAGAAGGUGGCGUCAACUUGGGACUCUGGAUUACGAGCUGCGAUAAGAAGCUGCCCUGCUGCUCUCGGUGUAGCUUGGCAGGCAAAGAGUGCGCCGGCAUCAACCGACAUAGCCGCAAAGAGAUCCCACGAAGCGCGCUGCAGUAUUUGGAGAAGCGACUGGCUGAAAUCGAGCGUGACUGUGGACGCCAGCCAGAGCCAGAACCCGAACCAGAGUCAGACGGCUUGCCAGAAACGACGAUUUCGAUUUCGAGACCCGCAGGAGUCUUUGUUCAUGCUAACAGCCAAAUCUUGGACGCUAUAAGCACGUCAAUACGCAUCUUGUACACCACGGCUUGCGUGGGCAGUCACCCAGGACUCCUCCAUGAAUCCAAACUGUUUUACCCAACCGAACGGCCUCCUCACAAGGUCCCAGUACAUAGCCUCUACUAUGAACAUCUUGGAAGACGGGCGGGCCAUGGACACGAGUCGCAAUUCUCCGGAGUGGAUGCUUUGUCUACCCCCUUCGAAGUUGCGCGGCACAUCUUCGACAACUACGUGAACACCAUCUUACCACGGUAUCCAUGCUUCACCAGCAGCGAGCUAUGGUACCACUUUGGACAAGUCUAUUCAAGGCAGCAGCAGACGGGUGAUGUCUCAUCCGCAAAUUUCAGCCGGUUUGUUGUGUCGAUGGUGCUGGCGGUCAGCUGUCUGGCCUCGCGGAAUGAGGAUUUCUCCCGAGUGGCUUCGAUGAGCGAGUCACUUCACCGCGAUGCGAUGCGCCACUGGACCUUUCUCAGGCAAUCUAAUAUAAGAUCUCUGCAGGGGCUUCUAUUAUUGAUACAACUGGGCUUCCUGUUACCAUAUAUCAAUAAUGUCUUCUACUUGAGCGGGGAAGUCGGACGCAUGGCCGUCGGACUAGGUCUUCAUCAAGAGCCCGAUCCUUCUCAAGGGCUGAGUUCUCGGGACGUCAAUCUUCGGAGGCAGAUAUUUUGGAUGGUACAGUUCUCUGACUCCUAUCGAGAUGCCCUUGACUUCGUACUGACGAUUGCAAUCUCAACAGGGUCGCCCCCGAAUGUGAGCGACGACCAUAUCACCGUCGGCUUGCCUGGUUGCGGCAACGAAGGAGCACAUUCCACCGAUGCCUUUCCAUCAUACACCGACGGAAGGCUCAGUACAAAACACUUUGUGCUUCAAAUCCAGCUAUGCCAGCUUCAGUCAGAGAUCUACGAGAUCAAGUUCUUUGGCCGGGCUAUCCCAGAUCAGUUUUCAAGCUACGACCACUGGGUUGAGAAUAUGGAGGAGCGCAUACGAAGCACGCUGAAUCUGUCCGUCUCCUCCAAUAACGGUGCCAUUCCGCAAUGGAUCACCAACGAUGCACACCAGAGUCAAAACCUGCUGCAUCGACCGCACCCUGGAAGCAUGGUGCCAAGCCCGGCUUCCCUGCUCGUCGCGACGACGAGUGCAAUAAGCCUGAUCAACGGCUACCAUAAGACUAUCCAGACACAGAGGUUGGCCUGGACUUUUGCGGUGGUGAACAACACAUUUCAAGCCGCCAUCGUUCUGUUGUACAUUUUCGGCAACUAUGCAUCUAUCAUCCGUGAAGCUUCGUUAGAGAAUGAGCUCCUCUCCGCGCUAGACACCGUGAUGGGUAUACUGAAUCUUGGAUCACAGAGAUGGCCAGUAAUUGCUUCCACCGCUAUGUACGUCAAAGAUCUGCGUACGUUCGUGUUUUCAGAUUCAGUCAGUCCGACUAGUGCAGCCUAUCAGUUGAGAUACCUUGAGGAGCUCGAAUUGUUGCUGUCCCAACGUCGCAUCCGCAGUAUAUAUCAGGCACACAGUGAAAUUCAGCCUUCUUCUCUCCUUCAUACAGAUUUGUUAUCGCCGCCCCAGGAAGAAUCACAACUGCCGCUCUCAGACGAUAUGUGGCAGGACUUCUUAGGAGUUCAAUUUGACCUUGAGGAGGCCUAUUCGUUGAACUUUCUUGAACCUCCCUUGCUGGCCGAGCAGCAGCAAGUGCCUGUUGCAGGUACUACAGACCUUACUACCACAUCGUCAACCUCAGUGCUUCCUAAUGACAUCAAGGACGUUAUCAACUCAAUGCCAUCGUGCACCUUCUGUCGUGAACAACAUGUACGGUGCGAUCGCGAGCUCCCAUGCUGUGGUGCCUGCUCAAGGUCGCGCCGAGAGUGUGUAUAUCACGAUAUUCUGUUAUCGCAGCAGAUACCCAGACGAGACAUCCAUUCUUUAAUCCAAAAGCUAGUCAUAGCAAGCCAGCCUCGAGUAACACCUCCAAAGGUAUCGUCAGCUUCCCCGCCUGUCUCUAUGACUGCCUCGCAACCCAAAUGGGGCAGCAAUCUCUUAAUCCUAUCGGGAUCAUCCGAAAAUGGCCCAGAAAAGCCUCGAGGCGCGUCCACAAACUCCAAAUGGACAACAAACACGGAUUAUAUCUUCUUCGGACUCUCGAGUCACCUUGCGUCAAUCACAUCCCCUGCGCUUCCGUUAACUAGCUCCAACUCCGAAACGUUGGGAAGUGAGCCCAGCGCUGGAUGGAUCAGCGGUUCGCUGGUAUCCACGGCCCAGAUAGCAGGGCCCCCAGAUAUCUCGAUUGCCACGCGCCUAUUUGCGGUAUUCUCAAAAUCAGUCCACGUGUGGUAUCCCAUUAUGAACGAUGAGUCUCUACAAAGUCUGCUCUUAUGCUGCAACAACGAAGCACUUGAUCCUUGUUUGGACCAAAAGCGGGAGUUGUUUUACCUAGUUCUCGCUAUAUCCAGUCUACUGACGAAAAGAGCUGAGCCCUCAAUGAGCUUCACACCGGCGGCCUACUUCAAUACGGCCAUCUCCAACGCUGACACAAACUGCGAUCAUUCUUCUGGACCCAGUACUUUGCACAUGAUGCAGAGAUCUCUGCUCAUAUGUAUAUACUUGCUCUUGAGCCCCAGCAGUGGUGAUAUCUGGAGGAACCUUGGCUUUGCCAUCCGCCUCCACUUUGAUAUGUCGCAUGGUCGUUCCGAAAAUAUGUACCUUGAUGAAGGCCAUCACACGAUGCUUGCUAGAACUUUGUACUGCAUCGAGGGAAAUGUAACCACCGCAUUUGGUCGGCCAACGGUGUUGGCAAUAGGGGAUAAAUUACAUUAUGAAUUGACCUUGCCGGCAUGUGAUACUGUAAAUGAAGGCAUAUCCAUCCAGUUCUACCGCAUCUCGACAAUCAAGAUGCAACUCCAGAGCCUGCUCUCUGCAGCGACUGUGCAGCAUAACCCGGCGAGGCUGAAAGAGAGAUGUGAAACUGUUCAAACAGAACUACUCGAAUGGCAUCAAUACUGGAAGACAGACUUCGUGCCUGCUAUCACGAGCGAGGUGCAUGGCUGGGGAGAUGCCGUCCAAUAUUUAGACGCAUGGGGCACUUUGCAGUACAACGCGAGUAUGCUCAUGAUCUCGAGGUUCUGCCCAGAAGCAAUCGAAUCCGUUCUUGACACGGCUCGAGAGGUUGUGUCUUGUAGCACCAUUCUCGUCAGACACAGCCAACGUUCCUUUUGUGCUAUCCCUGACAACGAAGCACAAUACAAGGUGCCAGUCUUCCCGACCGAUUGGACCAUGUCCCAUCUUUUAUUCGCUGCUGCGCUUCAGAUGCUCUCUUCCGGGAAGCAGGGUGCGGCGGAUCGAACUGCUUGGCAACGAACAACGCGAUCUUGCCUCACAACUCUGGCGUUAAUGGAGGCUGACCCAGCCAACUUGUCCAUGGGGUUCUCGGAUAUUAUAGAAGGGCUGUGCAACCGCCAUGAAGAACAUACAUAA